GGUCAGUGUAAUGUUCAUUCUAGUCCUGUAAUUUAAGAUCCUACAAACGUGCUUAAUUUUCAUGAUAAAGAUGAACAUGAUAUUAAAAGUGCUCAGCGUCGCAAUAUUUCUUCCAAUUGUCGUGUAUUCUCUGACACAGCUAUCGGACAGAUUCCGGACAGAAUAUGUCUGUGACAUGGACUAUGGACAGAUUUUAGAGGCGACCGGUGCCCGCAGUGUAUUGUCUUGCGGAGGAACAUGUUCCCGGAGAACGGACUGUCGGUCCUUUGUUUUCAAUCCCCAGGACAAGAUGUGCCAAUUAAACUCCCAGAUUCUCCUGAAUCCAACCUACGGAUGUCCCGUCGUAGUCAAAUACGGUUACUUUUUGAGUUCGAAUCCCGGAUUGAUAGCUUUGCCACCAUUUGAAGGAAAACUUGUUGGCGAAUCAUGCGUUGAUAGCAUAGAGUGCGUAGAAAAUUUUACAGAAUGCAGUGUAACUAACGAGUGUAUGUGCAUACCAGGAUAUGUUUACGAUUAUGCAAACCGCACAUGUAUUUUCAUAAUGGACUGUCUAGCGUAUGGAAUAACGUUUCAGAUGUCAGAAACGACAGAAUACAAGCUCACUGUGGACAUUCUUCUAAACAAUGCCACGGAGGACGAAUGUAGGGCUAUAUGUUUGACCACUACACAAUUCACAUGCCGUAUAUUUGAGUUCAGCUAUAAGAGAAUGGAAUGUAAAGUUUUUUCCUUAGACACAAUUCCGAGAACAAACGUAAUUGAUGGAUACGACAAAGAGUACGAAACUUUUGUCUACGCACGUGACUGUGCACUUCCGGCUACGACCAUGUUUACGGCAUGUGACGUCAACAGUGAUUGUUUGGAACGUGAUUCGGUGUGCUUUCAGGGUAUUUGUCUCUGUAGGGUUGGCUUCAGCUAUGAUUCCGAGCGGAGGAAAUGCGUCUCAGAAUGCUUUCUUUACUCGAAACCAAUUACUGGAAACUCUUACCAAAGGAUAUCCGGGAUCUACAUUACAAACUUCAAUUUCUCUAGAACAUAUCCAGUUCAAAGUGGUCCGGAAUGCCUGAAUUACUGUACGUCGGAUACCAACAUCAGUUGUGUAAGCUUUAUGACAGACAUGACUUCCAAUACAUGCUACCUGUCGGAACAAACGCUCGGUGUAUACCCAGACGCCAGCUUCAUAUCAAAUUUUGCCUACACUAUUGUACAGUUGGACUGCGAGCCAAUGACCUCACCCAUCGAAAUGAUCCCGUGCUAUGGGAAUGUGUGUUCCGCUACCAACAGCGAAUGUCGCAACGGUGUAUGCAAAUGUGUGCAAGGCUUACGGUAUCAGCCAUCUCUAGACCAGUGCACGGAAACAUGUACAGAGAUGUACGGAAACACCUUCCAGACCAUCCUUGAUUUCCAUGUCGAUCAACACAAUGAAGUCACUUUAAAUAUGACGUCAAAUGACGUCAUCAAUGAAUGCAAGGCUGCGUGUGUGAAAGAAGACAGUUUUGUUUGUCUAAUGGCAGAGAUAAACUUCACAACAAAUGAAUGUACAUUGUCAUCUGAGGCCUACACGCAAAUAUGGUCAGUUUAUAAACUAACAGAUAUUAACUACGUCACAAUGAUAAGAGAUUGUGCCUAAUGAAGGUUGUUUUGUUUUUGUUUGUUUGUUUGUUUGUUGUUGUUCUUUGUGGGGUUUUUGGUUUGUGUGUUUGUUCGUUCGUUUAUUUGGUCGUUCGUUUGUUUGUUUGUUCGUUCGUUCGUUCGUUCGGGUUUUUAAUAUUUAUGUCUUAUUUUAUUUUACACGCUAAUAUGGACAGUUUAUAAACUAACAGAUAUUAACUACGUCACAAUGAUAAGAGAUUGUGCUUAAUGAAGGUUGUUUUGUUUUUGUUUGUUUGUUUGUUUGUUGUUGUUCUUUGUGGGGUUUUUGGUUUGUGUGUUUGUUCGUUCGUUUAUUUGGUCGUUCGUUUGUUUGUUUGUUCGUUCGUUCGGGUUUUUAAUAUUUAUGUCUUAUUGUAUUUUACACGCUAAUAUGGACAGUUUAUAAACUAACAGAUAUUAACUACGUCACAAUGAUUAGAGAUUGUGCUUAAUGAAGGUUGUUUUGUUUUUGUUUGUUUGUUUGUUUUUGUUGUU